AUGGACGACCACGUCCUCGCGCGCGCCCUCCACGAAGAGCUCAACGCGCCACCACGUCGACGUGCGCGUGGUGUCGAUCGAGGCGCGGCACGACCGAGCGCGCCGGCGCCGGCGACGCGAACGUACCGACCGCAGUGGCCGAAAGCUCGGGUUCGCGUCGCUUCCGGCGGUGUCAUCAUCGACGGGAACGACGAAACGGACGAUGACGGCGCUCGGACGAAGCGCACCGGUCGUGUGCGGGGUUCCGGUGCGUUGAAAUCGUCGAUUGAAUCGUCGAAAAAGACGCGAGUGGCGCGACGGCGCGGCGAUGAUGAGUUGGAUGACGAAACGCUGACGAGGACGCCGUCGCGAGCGACGACGACGACGACGACGAAGGUCGCGAAUGGAACGAGCGAGGAGAAGCGGUUGCGAAAGAAUGAGUUGAGUCGUUUGUGGCACGCGAAGCGGCGGGCGAUGGAGCGGGUGGCGCUGGAGGAGGGGACUGAGAAGGCGUCGUCGUCAAAGGAGCGGAGUAAGAAAGAACGCUUCGAGGACGAAGAGGCGAAGCGUGCGCACGUGGAAGGAGAGACGGAGAAGAAACGGCGGCUGAAGGAUAAGACGAAGCGCGAGGGCGCGGCGAAGAAGUUAAGAUCGGCGAAGCCGAGGAUGAUUGCGGUGGAUACUGAAAAGACGUCAGACGCGGACGUAACUGUCGCCGUAUCGAGCGCCGACGGUUCCGUAGUGCCGACUACGCCGCCGUUGACGGAGGUCAAUAAAAAGAACAAAGGAAAUGCGCCAACGUCUUCAGGGAAGGCUGACAGUCGGAAGAAGAAGACGGAUGAUGCGAACGGUGCCGAUGAAGAAAGCGGUGAGAAGCAACAAAAACGCAAGAACGAGCGUCGACUGGAUCCCCGCUUCCUUAAGUGCAAGGAAGCAGAGUUGAGCGAAUUCCCUCCCGGUAUGAUAGUUUGGGUGAAGUUAUCGUCGACACAUAAAGGACAGUGGUGGCCCGGUCGCGUGUGGAAGCUGCGACAGUGCGCCAGGGCGUAUGAUUUGCUAGAGAUCAAACCCACAGGCGAGUGCGGGUUGGUGAAAUUAUUUGGCACACACACGUUUGAAUGGGCGGUGAAAGAAGAUCUGGCCCCUUACGAUGCGCAGAAUCAAACGCUGUAUCGUGAGAGUAUGAUGCAUUGGUUUUCUGUGAAUAAAAGCCGGGCGGGCGGGCGCGGGACGGCGCGCAAAGCUCUGCACAUAGCGGACGCCGAGGAGAUUGCAGAGUGGUCCGAUCCGUGGUCCACAUCCGACGAUUCGAGUAGCGAGAGUGAGGAGGAGACAGAGGCGGUGGCGACGGCCAAGGCGAAUGACAAAGCAAACGAGGUCUUGCGCGUCGGACUCACUCCCGAUUGGAUCGUGCACGCGACGUGCAAGGUGUUCGAGAUGGAUCUUCCCACCAUCGAGGCUCCGCUCAUCAAAGGCCUGCUCGAUCCGUGCACGAAUUCACACCUCAGGCCGAACAUCCCCGCGGAAAAGUGCUACGAUAAAAAGGAUGACGGUCUCAAGAUGGAGAACUCGUGGGAAGGAUAUCACGUCUUGGUGAAUCCACCGUACGAGGCGCAAGUACAGUGGAGGUUCAUCAACCGUGCCAUAAACGAAGUGGAAUGGGAGCGCUGUCCCGGUGUCAUUUUGGUGUGCCGCAACUCCACGGAUACUUCUUAUUUUCAACGUCUCUUGCCAUUUCCCCGGAUUCAUUUACGGCGCACUGCAGUACAGUUCAAGGACUACAGUCACUGUCCCGUCGGGUUCGGGAUUUGUGUUUUCUGCAUCGUGUCGCCGACGAACCCGAAACAGGCGGAGAUGUAUCAUCGCUUCUACGAUGAAUUCCAUCAAUCUGGCGAAUUCAAUAUUCCGGUCGACAAUACGUUCGUGAAGAGUUCGCCCUUCAUCGAACUCACCACACGUUUGCAUCUCACGGCGUGUGCGACGUACAGAGACAGUUGGAUCGCGUGCGACGUGUGCGAUCGCUGGCGAGAGAUUCCGUUCGAUCAAAUGCUCAAAGCGCGCAAGUCAAAGGUUUGGCAGUGCCGUGACUCUUUCCCGUUGGGGUGUCAGACUCCUCUGACGAAGCAAGAAAUCGCGGCGUUUUCAGUGGCGAAACAGGAGCAGAACACAGUCUUGGUCGCGUCUAAGGCUGAGGGGAGGAACGGUCCCGUGGGCGUUUUCGCGGCAGAAUCCAUGCUCGAAGGUGAAACUUCGCGUGAAGGCGGUAACGUGCACGGUGAAAACGUCCACGAUCGCCCGUCCGAAGUCUUGGACGCCGGUGACGAUGGUGACGACGAGAGAGAAGAGGAAAACGAGGACGAUACGCAGGAGCGCACGCGUGACUUUGUCGCCAACGGUGGAAAAUUACACGAGUUGGGAUGCCCGUGCAAUUGGGAACCGUGUCGGAUUCGACGCGCAAAGGAGGAUAAAAUAUUAUCAAAAACGUUCCCUGGUUUGCGUUUAGAGUGGGAAAAGAUACGCGACGAGCUCACGAACGCGUUGACGCCAUUCGAGCGCGAGCGUCUCGAGAAGAUCGAAGCAAACAAGAGACAGCUUCGCGCGUUGAUGCACGCGACGGAGGAACAAACUACUCUGACGUCGCACAAGGUUUCGCACGCGUCGGCGGCGGAAUCCGCGGCACUGCGCAUGUUGGAUAUCGCCAAGCGUAAGCAGAAGACCAAGAUGGUCAACGCUGAGAGGCGCGAGCGCAAGGUGGCGUCACUCAAGAAGCAAAUGGAGGCGGCGGAGAAGCGCCUGAGCGACAUCAUGAGCGACAUUCGCGAGGCGAGUCACGGCGUCGACACCGCGCUCAAGGUUCUCCAAGCCAUACGGUCGAGAGCGCACCGCGUGCAGAGCGAGUUCAACGCGAAUAAAUCCGAGCUCAAGAAAACGCGCGAAGAGUGCAGACGCAAGCAAACGCUCGAGACGCGCGAGCAGGAUGACAUUUGGCUCGCCGCCCGCGAUCGGUGCGGCGCCGAGGUCCAACAUCCAUCCGUCGCGGUCGCGCUCCCGAUCGCGAUCACCGACCGACCGCGUUAG